UUCUGUCAUUCAUCUAAAAUAUUCAAUGUUCUAUUACAGCACCAGCCAAUACUCCUUGUGAACCAGGCCAGGGUUGUGCUUGUUCAUCUGAUUCUGGAUGUGGAGGUGGAGAAAUUUGUGGAGCAGGAGGCUCUUGUCAAGAUCCAUGUCAAGAUGUGGUGUGUGGACCAAAUGCUUAUUGUAACAGAGGUGCAUGUCUGUGCCCUCAAGGAAUGAACGGACAACCAAACAAUGUGGGAGUUGGAUGCAGUGUAUCUACUGAAGCACCAGUUAGAAACCCGAAUGAAUGUGAGGAUAACUAUGGGUGUGAUGGUGGAGCUUCUUGCCAAGCAAAUUCAGAUGGAGUACGACAAUGUCAAGAUGUUUGUGAUCCACAAUUUGUUGUUUGUGGAAGAAAUGCUAUUUGUAUCAGCCGAAAUCACCAGGCAGUGUGUGAAUGUCCAGAUGGUAUGGUGGGGGAUCCAAAUGAUCUUAUUCAAGGGUGUCAACAUCUCAGUCCCCAUGAAUGUGAAGUGAGUGCUAAUUGUCCUGAUUCCCAUAUUUGCAAGAUGGGAAGUGGUGGUGUUAGGAUUUGUGAAAAUGUUUGUCAAGAGCAGACCUGUGGUGAAAAUGCUGCAUGUCAAGGAAGAGGUCAUCGACCCAUUUGCGAAUGUCCACAAGGCUUUAGUGGGGAUCCAAUGGCUAGCUGUCACCCUCAUACAAAUGAUAGAUGUGCAUAUGACGAUGAGUGCCGGGGAGAUGAAAUAUGUAAGCUGCUUACAACAGGAAUUAGAGAUUGUGUUGUUGUAUGUGAAGGCGUGCAAUGUGGACCUAAUGCACUGUGUGAAGGACGACGUCAUAUAGCUGUUUGUGAAUGUCGUCAAGGUUUUACUGGAGAUGCUUAUGACAUCCAAAGAGGUUGCCAACCUCCUCCAUUGGACUUAUGCUCUGACAGUUCAUCAUGUGCAGACAACCAAAUUUGUAGAACUGGUGACAAUGGCUACAGGGAAUGUUUUGAUGUUUGUGAGACAACACAGUGUGGAUUGAAUGCAUUAUGCAGAGGAAGAGAUCAUCAAGCUACAUGUGAAUGCAGACCAGGAUUUUCCGGAAAUCCAAUUGAUUUUGGUGUUGGUUGCCAACCUGUUCCAAAAGACAAAUGCAAAAGCAAUAGUAAUUGCCCACCAGACAGAGUGUGUCGUCCAACACCAUCAGGAAUCAGAGACUGUAUAGAUGUGUGUCAAACUAAGAAAUGUGGCAUCAAUGCUAUAUGUACAGCUCAGAAUCAUAGAGCACAGUGCGCAUGUCCAAAUGGUUUCUCUGGCGAUCCUAACAGACAGUGCCAAGCUGAUCAUUGUACACUUAACAGAGAUUGCCCUGAUAGCAGGCUAUGUGAACUUACAAGAGAUGGAAUAAGGGACUGCUUAAAUCCUUGUGAAGGACGCAGAUGUGGACCUAAUGCUCAAUGCAUUGCUACAGGACAUUCUGCCUUUUGUGAAUGCAGAGACGGAUUUGUUGGAAAUGGUGAUGAUAUGCAAAGAGGCUGCCGACCUCGAAACAAAUGCAACACUGACAGUGAUUGCAGUGAUCGUGAAAUUUGUGGAUUGAAUGCAGAAGGGGUGAAAGACUGUAUCGAUGGCUGUUCAGACGCUAGAUGUGGACGAAAUGCCCUUUGUUCAGUCUCUUCUCACAUUGUUGUUUGCAACUGCCCAGUAGAUUUUAUUGGAGAUCCAUACGAUGGAAAUGUGGGAUGUGAACCAAGACCUCCGGAUCUCUGUAACAGUGACUCUCAGUGUCCAGCCAAUGCUGUAUGUAGACCAGAUAUCAGUGGUUUAAGAAACUGCUUUGAUGCAUGUGAAGAUAUAAGAUGCGGACCUCAUGCCAGGUGCACAACGAAGAGUCACGUUGCUCAGUGUGAAUGUCUAGCUAAUUAUGAAGGCAAUCCAUAUGACGAAGUUAAAGGUUGCCAAUUACCACAUGAUUGCAACACUGAUCGAGACUGUAAAACUGAUGAAGUAUGCCGAAAACACACAGAUUCAGUUCGAAAAUGCGUCCAUGUGUGCCUAUUCGAUCGAUGUGGUCCAAAUGCGGAAUGUUUUGGGGAGAAUCAUUUGGCUGUUUGCAGAUGCCCAUCGGGUUAUGAAGGAAAUCCAAUUGAUCCAACUGUAGGCUGCAUUCCUCGCAGUCCAAAUCUGUGCGAAGAAGAUCGUGAUUGCGGCUCACAGCAAAUAUGUCAAGCAGUAAAUGAGGGAUACUUAGAUUGCAAAAAUGCCUGUGAAUAUGUGCAGUGUGGUCCUAAUGCUAUUUGUAGUGCAAGGAAUCACCAAACUAGAUGUGAAUGCUUACCUGACCACAUUGGAGAUCCUUACAAUCUUUUGAACGGAUGCAAACCACCUGUGCGUGAUGAAUGCCAGCAAGAUUGGGAUUGCCGCAGAAACACCGAUGUCUGCAAACCUGAUAAUUUUGGAGUAAAGCAUUGUGUUGAUCCUUGUACUUUCAAUCCUUGUGGUUUGAACUCUGAAUGUUAUGCCAAAAACCAUCAAUAUGAAUGUCAGUGUCGAGAGGGUUUUGUUCGAGAUCCAAGCAGUGAUUCAUCAUGCAUGCCUCGCGAACCUGAUGAAUGUAAAGAAGACAUUCAAUGUCCUUCUUUUGGAACUUGCCGACCUAAUGACUUGGGAAUUUUGAAAUGUGCUGAAAUUUGUUUGGAUUUCACUUGCUCUCCUAAUGCUGACUGUGUUGCCAUCAACCACAAGGGACAAUGUAGUUGUGAGGAAGGAUUUACAGGCGAUCCAAAUAAAAGAGGCGGAUGUAUUCCUAUCGAUCGAGAUGAAUGUAAAAUCAGUGAACAUUGCUCUUCAGCAUCUGAGUGUCGCCGGGAUGAUUAUGAUGGAAGUUUAAAAUGUAUUGAUGUGUGCUCACAUGUUCACUGUGGUCCAAAUGCUGUCUGUGUUGCUGUCAAUCACAUUGCCCAGUGUCAAUGUCCACAAGGCUUAUAUGUUGGUGAUCCAUAUGAUUUGACUAGAGGUUGCAAACAAGUUGAAUGUAUUACUGAUGAAGACUGUACUCCUGAUAAAAGCUGCGCACCAGAAAAUUAUUGUUUGAAUCCAUGCCUCAGUGGAUGUGGUAAAAAUGCCAUCUGUGUAGCUGAAAAUCACCAUCGUACAUGCCAGUGCCCAGCUGGCAUGACAGGAGAUGCAUAUGGAAGAGGUUGCAAAUCAAUUCGAUUCUGUGAAAGUCAUCCAUGUCACCCAACUGCGAAAUGCGUUGACACAAAAGGAAGUUACAAAUGCCAAUGUCCACUCGAUUACAUUGGUGAUCCAAUUCGUGAAGGCUGCCGACAUCCUAACUCGUGUCCAUUCGGAGAUCAGGACUGCCGACCAGAUGCUGCUUGCUUGCCAGACGUAAGUGGAGAAAAUAUGUGCAAGAACCCAUGUGACACAUUCAAUUGUGGUUCUAACGCUCACUGCGAGGUUGUUAAUCAUCGUGCAAGAUGCACUUGUCCGUCUGGUUUCCGAGGAGAUCCCGAUCCUGACAGCGCUUGCUUGCGAGUAUCAGUUUUCUGUCAUGAUGCCAAAGAUUGCAGGGAUAACCAGGCCUGUGUCGAUGGACAAUGUAGACUUUUCUGUAGCUAUGACAAUGAGUGUGCAGUUGGUGAAAAGUGUAUCAACAAGCGAUGUGUGUUACCAUGCUUCGCUCAUUCUGGAUGUCCAGCUAAAGAAGCUUGUGUUUCUAAUGGCUAUUGCCAAGUGGGCUGCCGUGACAACAAUGAUUGCCCUUACAAAGAAGCCUGCAUUCAGAAUCGUUGCCAAAAUCCAUGCGAAAUUAAAGGAGUUUGUGGACCAAACGCUGUAUGUACUGUUGUUGACCAUAAAGCCUUGUGUGAGUGUCCAUCAGGAUUUGAGGGAUCACCAUCUCCAGUGUUGGGAUGCAAAAGAGUUUACCAAAAAUGCUCUCCGAGUGUUUUCUGUCCACUAGGUUUGAACUGCAUAGGGGAGCGAUGCCGUGCACCUUGCAGUAAUUGUGUCGAUGGUGAAGUGUGUGUCAAUGGAGUUUGCAUGAUUAUAUGUUCAACUGAUAACAACUGUCCCGUUAGUGAAAUUUGUAUCAAUCAGUAUUGCCAAGUUGGAUGCCGAGCUGAUGGUGAUUGCAGGCUAAAUGAAGUAUGUGGUGCGAAUCGCUGUACUUGUAGACCUGGUUUCAACCCAACGCCAUCUGGUUGUGAAGAUAAUAAUGAGUGCUUAUCUAAUCCAUGUCACCCAACUGCUCUGUGUAUAAAUUCAGCUGGAAGCUAUUACUGUCAGUGCAGAGAAGGAGAUAUUGGUGAUGGAUAUACAGGAUGUCGACCUCAAGGUGAAUGUCCAAAUGGUGAUAGAGACUGUCCCACAACUGCUGCUUGUGGUAUUGAUGAACAAGGGGUGCCCAAAUGUAUAAAUCCUUGUGAAAGUAAGCCAUGUGGACCAAAUUCAGAUUGCAGUGUUUCAAAUCAUGUCCCUCAAUGUAAUUGUCCGAAAAUUGGAUUAUUUACUGGUGAUCCGUAUGAACUAUCAAGAGGCUGUGUGCAAGUUGACUGCUUGCAAGACAAUGAUUGCAAUUUCGACCGUCAGUGCAUCAACUUUGUAUGUGAAAGUCCAUGUGCCCAAGUUAAUUGUGGUCCUUAUGGUACAUGUGUUGUUCGCAAUCGUCAAGCAUCUUGUCGCUGUGAACCAGGGUAUGAAAACAAUGGACGUUUGACUUGUGUUGAUGUUGAUGAAUGCAAGCAGCAUCCUUGCCAUGCAUCAGCUGUUUGUGAAAAUUCUCCUGGAAGUUUCUCUUGCCGCUGCCCAACUGGCUUAACUGGAAAUCCACUCAUUCAUCCAGGAUGUCAUGAUCCAAACAUGUGUUUCAAUGGAGAUUCAGACUGUGCAGAUUCUGCAGCAUGUGUCAGGGUAAAAGGAGACCCCUACUGCAGAGAUCCAUGUGAAUCUCCAACAGCCUGUGGUGUGAAUGCUGAUUGCAGGACUAUUAACCACCAAGUUCAAUGCUCUUGUCCACCUGGAUAUACUGGUGAUCCAUCAUACAGAUGCGCAAAAGUUGAAUGUACCAUAAAUGAGGAAUGUAAGGAUAAUCAAGUAUGUGAAAAGAAUAAAUGUAUCGAUGCAUGUUCGAGUCAAGCAAACUGUGGUCAAAACACAGUGUGUCAAGCCAAGAGCCAUGGUGCAAUAUGUCGGUGCAGAGAUGGUUUCUAUGGAGAUCCUAUCGCUGGUUGCAGAAAAAUCAUUCCUUGUGACACUGAUAUUAACUGCCCUGCUGGAGAAUUAUGUCAAAAAGGAGUUUGCAAUGUUCCAUGCAAUAGAGAUCGAGAUUGUGGAACAAAAGAACGUUGUGAAUUGGGUCGUUGCAUUUCUAUAUGUUUAUCAGAAAGUGAUUGUCCUGAGCAUCAAGUGUGCAAUGCUGGAAAAUGCAUUACAGAUCAUCGAUGCAACCGUGACAAUGAAUGCACUGACAAUCAUGUUUGUCGAGCAAGUGUCAAAGGUUACAAUGAUUGUGUUGAUCCUUGUGAUUUGGCGCUCUGUGCUCCUCAUGCAUAUUGUGUUUCAAGAGGUCACUCAGCCGUUUGCCGAUGUGAGGAAGGCUAUAUCGGAGAUCCAGUUGAUAGAGGCUGUGAACCAGUUGAAUGUUUGCGCAACGAAGAUUGCCCAAAUUCAGAAGUGUGUGAAAAAUAUGAAUGUGUCGAUCCAUGCAAACUGCAAAAUAUAUGUGGCUCCAAUGCCUUCUGUGAGGCAAGAAAUCACGCUCCGAUCUGCAGAUGUUAUGAAGGCUACGACGGAGAUCCGCUUGCUGGCUGCCGACCGACCGAUUACUGUGCCAGCAGACCUUGCCACCAUACUGCACUCUGUAAAAAUAAAUUUGGCGGAUACGAAUGCUUCUGUGGACCAGAACGAAAUAUUGGAAAUCCAUAUCUGGAUCCUGGAUGCCGAGGUGAAAAUGAAUGCCCACAAGGAGACAGUGAUUGUCCAUUUACUGCCUACUGUGAUCGCACUACUAUACCACCAAUGUGCAAAAAUCCAUGUCAAGCACCUAACGUGUGUGGAGUGAAUGCCUUAUGCCGUGUUGAAAAUCAUAGAGCUGCAUGCUAUUGUUUGCCUGGAUUUUCUGGAAAUCCUAAAGAUUCUCUUCGAGGAUGCACAAGAGUUACUGUUGAUUGUUCAACUGAUUUUGAAUGUACAUCUGGUUACAUGUGCGUCAACAAAAGAUGCAAACUACGCUGUCGAUCUGAUGAUGAUUGUGCCUCUCGUGAACUUUGCCAUCAAGGACAAUGCGUUUUGGGUUGCAGAGAAGAUCCAGAGUGUCUAUCUCGGGAAAUCUGUGCAGCUAAUAAAUGCAUAGUUGGUUGUAGAAUUGACAAUGACUGUUCUUCCUUGGAAGCUUGCAUAUUGAAUAUUUGCACUAAUCCAUGCGAAAGUUCAACUGCUUGUGGAACAAAUACAUUAUGCAAAAUACAACAACAUAGACAACAGUGCUCUUGUGCACCUGGAUUCACCGGGAAUCCAAACAUUGCUUGCCAACGAAUAUUACCAUCAUGUGUAUCAGAAUCAGAUUGCCCACUUAAUCAUUAUUGUUUGGAUGGUAAAUGCAGAGUGGAGUGCACCAAGGAUCCUGAUUGUAGUACUGGAGAAAAAUGCGUUAACAACCAUUGCUUAGUACUUUGCCGAAGAGAUCCAGAUUGUCAAAAUGGAGAAAUUUGCAUUAGAAAUCAUUGCCAAGUUGGAUGUAGAUCUAAUGAUCAAUGUCCGGACCAUCUUGCAUGUGUCAGCAACCAGUGCAGAGAUCCAUGUGAGGGAAGCGCGACAUGCGGUCCCAAUGCUGAGUGUCGAGUCAGUGACCACCGUUCUGUGUGCAGCUGCAGAGAAGGAUUUGUUGGAAGGCCGAAUGCUAAUGUUGGGUGUAUAAGGCCUCAAAUUGUCUGCAUCAAUGAACCAUGUCCUCCUGGACUUACCUGCCAUAAUGGACAGUGCAGAAUGCCUUGCAGUAGUGUCCGUGACUGUGCUGUGAAUGAAAAGUGUAUUGACAAUCGUUGCCAUGUGCAGUGUUUGAGAGACAGGGAUUGUUACUCAGGAGAGAUAUGUGAACAAAACUUCUGCAGAGUGGGUUGCCGUGCUGACACUGAUUGUGCAUUCCACGAAGCCUGUAUAAACAACCAAUGCAUAGAUCCUUGUGACAGUCCAACUGCCUGUGGUACUAAUGCAAACUGCGAUGUCAUCAACCAUUCUAUACACUGUACUUGCCCAUCAGGGCUUAGCGGGGAUGCGUUUACCAAAUGUGAUCGAGAAAUUCAAAGAUGUGAAGCUGAUGACAGAUGUGGUCUUGGGCGGUACUGUGAGGACACCAUUUGCCGCGUCACCUGCAGCAGUGACAACGAGUGCCUUGACAACGAGAAGUGUGUGGAGAGGCGCUGCAGUGUUUUCUGCACCAAUGACAAGAGUUGCCCCACUGGUUUCAUCUGUGAGUAUGGACAGUGUGUUUCUGGAUGCAGAAGGGAUGCUGAAUGUCCACUUACUGAAGCCUGUAUUAACAACCAGUGCUUGAAUCCUUGCGCUAGUCCUACAGCUUGUGGUACAAAGGCUCAAUGCCAGCCUGUCAACCAUAGACCUUUGUGCUCGUGUCUACCUGAACACACUGGUGAUCCAAGGGUAGAAUGCUCGAGAGUGGAAUGUAUUAUUGAUUCAGAUUGUGGAAAUGGAAAGAUUUGCCAGAAUUAUCGAUGCUUGGUGGGAUGCAGAUCUGAUGGUGGUUGCUUGAGUGAUGAGGUCUGUAUCAGUAGACAGUGCCAGAAAUUGUGUAUGUUCAGUAAUACAUGUGGUUUGAAAGCUAUCUGUGCCGCAACCGCUCACCGAGCUGAGUGUUCUUGUCCUCCAGGAUAUACAGGGAACUCCAUCAUUGAAUGCAGAAAAAUUGAAGGAUUGUGUGAAAGCAAUGCUGAUUGUUUACCUGGAAAAGUAUGCAUCAACAAGCGUUGUGAAGAUGAUAUUGAAUGCCGUCAAGACAAUGAAUGCUUAUUGGGACAUAUAUGCCAGAGAAAUAAGUGUUUUGUUGGCUGUCGCAGUGAUGAAAAUUGUGCCCUUGACGAGGGAUGUUACAACUCUCAAUGUCAGCGGGUCUGCGCAUUACCAAGAGCUUGUGGGCCAAAUGCUAGAUGUGAGCCCCUCAGCCAUCGAGCUCUAUGCUCUUGUUUACCAGGAUAUACAGGAAAUCCACAAAUUGAAUGUAGAGCAAUUGGACCAGAAUGCCGCAGAGAUACUGAUUGUAAUCCUGGACAAAUUUGCCUUGGUGGAAAAUGUUCAGUUGUGCCCGGUUGCACUUCUGACAAUGAUUGCAAUCCUGGACAGAUUUGUGAGAAUACUAAAUGCUUAUAUGGAUGCCGCAGUCACAGUGAUUGUGGAUUCACGCAAGAAUGCUUUGAAAAUCAAUGUCAAAAUCCAUGCAAACCAGGUAAAUGUGGUAUCAAUGCAGAAUGCAGAGCUAUCAAUCAUGCCGCUCUUUGUCGUUGCCCGCCAGAUCACGGUGGGGAUGCUAAAGUUUUGUGCCGACCAAAUCAGGUAGAGUGUCAUGUUGACACAGACUGCGUACUAGGAAAGAUCUGUAUCAGUACUAGGUGUUUAGAGGGCUGUCGUUACAAUGAGCAUUGCCCAGACGAUAAGGCAUGCAUCCAGGGACGAUGUGACACACCUUGUCGACCAGGUGCUUGUGGCUUAAAAGCAUUGUGCAGAGCUCAUAACCACCAAGCUGAAUGUACUUGCCCACAGGAGCAUAAAGGAAAUGCCAAAGUUCAUUGCCUGCCAGAAGAUCGGGAACAAAAGUGCCAAUACAAUUCCGAAUGUGCUCCCAGUGAAAUAUGCGAAAACUCACAGUGCAUAGUUGUCACUGGAUGCCGCUCUGACUCCUUCUGCCACACUGGUGAAAUCUGUGAAAGCACAAAAUGCAUACUUGGAUGUAGGACAGAUUCAGAUUGUACAUUUGACAAAGCAUGUGUAAACAGCAGAUGUCUGAAUCCAUGUACUGUGCAAGAUCCCUGCGGCCGAAAUGCAGAUUGUCGACCCAUCGUCCAUCGGCCAUAUUGUACAUGCAAACCUGGUUUCCAGGGCAAUCCAAAUGAUCAAUGCAACCAAAUACCAGGAAACCUGACUUCUGGAUGUAGCAGAGAUUCUGAUUGUCGCUCAUCUCAAAUAUGUGAAUCAAGAAAUUGCUUAGACGGCUGUAGAAGAAAUGAGGAUUGUCAGUACAAUGAAGCUUGCAUCAAUCGACAGUGCAAUAAUCCUUGUGCUUAUCCAGAUGUCUGUGGUGUUGGUGCUAGAUGCAUAGUAAAUAAUCAUCAUCCUAUUUGUACUUGCCCAUCAUCACUUACUGGAGAUCCAAAUAUUCAGUGUUUCCCAGUGCCUCCUGAUCAUUGUUACACUGACGAUAGUUGUGGAGCUGGCCAUAUUUGCGAAAACAACAGGUGUAUUGAUGCUUGCCGCACUUAUCAUUCGUGUCCUUAUGAUAAAGAUUGCAUUAACAAAAGAUGCCAGGACCCUUGCAGUUUCUUUGGUGCUUGUGGAACUAAUGCUGUAUGCCAUACAAACAACCAUGUUGCGAUAUGUACUUGUGAACCAGGUUACACUGGAGAUGCUAAAAAAAGCUGCAUCCGUGAAAGUCAACCAGCUACAGGAUGCAUUAAUGAUGCAGAAUGUGGAGAUGGCUACAUUUGUGAGGCUGGAGAAUGCUAUGAAGGAUGUCGAAGUGACUACCAGUGUCCAGCAGACGCAGCCUGUGUCAGACGAAGGUGUGAAAAUGUUUGCAACCAACCAGGUGUGUGUGGCGUGAAUGCUCAAUGUUUUGCAGAUAACCACAGGCCUGUUUGUACAUGCAAUCCAGGAUAUGUGGGAGAUGCCAGAGUGGAAUGUCGAAUCGUUGACGAACCAGAAUGCAGAACAGACGAUCAAUGCACAUUCCGCCACAUUUGUGUGUAUGAAAGGUGCAUCAUUGGCUGUCGCACAGAUGAAAACUGUGGAUCUGAAGAAGCUUGCAUCAACAGAAUUUGUCAAAAUCCAUGCAGUGUCUUUGGUGCAUGCGGCAGGAAUGCAAUUUGUAAACCACUCAAUCAUAAACCAGAAUGUUCCUGUCCAACUGGAUUUAGAGGAAAUCCAAACGUCGUGUGUGAACAAGAGAGGAUACCACCUGAAUGUGAAGUGGAUAGAGAAUGUAGUGUUGGUUACAUCUGUGAGAACACACGUUGCAUUGCUGGUUGUCGCCAUGACAAUAAUUGUCCACGUGACUUGGCUUGUGUCAAUCGCCAGUGCCAAGACCCGUGUUUGUUACCUAACAGUUGUGGAGUCAAUGCAGAAUGUCAUGCUGAUAACCACCGUCCAAUCUGCACAUGCCCCAGCAAUUUCAGAGGAGAUGCUUACAUUGAAUGCAGAGUUGCUGUGAUAGAUGUUGAGUGUGAGCAUGAUUUAGAAUGUUCCGUAGAUAAAAUAUGUGAAAAUACUAAAUGCGUCAAGGGCUGCAGGACUGAUGCAAAUUGCAGAUUUGAAGAGACAUGCAUUAACCAUGUUUGCCAGAAUCCAUGUUCUAUAUAUGGAGCUUGUGGCCAGAAUGCUAUUUGCAAGGCUAUCAAUCAUGAUAGAUAUUGUACAUGCACACCAGGCUACAGUGGUAAUCCUCAUAUAUUAUGCAGUAGAAUACCUGUUUUACCAGAAUGCACCGUUGACAGAAACUGUUCUCUUGGCCAAAUAUGUCAGAAUCACCGAUGUGUAGUAGGAUGUCGCUCUAAUGUAAACUGCCCCUAUGAUGAAACUUGCUUACACGGUCGUUGCCAGCGUGUAUGCGAUCUAAGUGGUGCAUGUGGACAAAAUUCUCAUUGUACACCAGUGGGACAUCAACCGCAUUGCAGCUGCCCAGCUGAUUUAACCGGAGAUCCUCUUGUGUCGUGUCAACCCAUACCAGAACCUGGUUGCCGCAGGGAUACUGACUGUGCAGUCAGUCAGAUCUGUGUCAAAUCUGAAUGUGUUCCUGGAUGCCGUUCCCAUAGCAAUUGUCCAUUUGAUGAGGCCUGUGUCAACAGAAUUUGCCAAGAUCCUUGCACAAUUGGUGGCAUAUGUGGAGUGAAUACUCAGUGUCAUGCUUCCGAUCAUAAAGCUGUUUGUUCUUGCAUUCCUACAUACACUGGAGAUGCUUUGAGGCAGUGUACUAGAAUUCAAUAUGAAUGUGAAGCUGACAGUCAUUGUGGAAGAAACUAUGUAUGUGUCAACAAUGAGUGCAAAGAUAUUAAUGAGUGCUUGCAAGGUCGUGGUCCUUGUGCAUUGGGUGCUAUUUGUUCCAAUUUGCCUGGUGGCUACAAGUGCAGUUGUCCUGUAGGACUAGAUGGAGAUCCAUAUGGACAAGGAUGUCGUCAAAUGCCAAAGAUGUGUAGACGAGAUGAAGAUUGCAAAUCAAUUGAAGCUUGUAAUAGACUUACUGGGGAAUGUUAUGAGGUUUGUAAUCGUCCUGGUAUAUGUGGAAGAGGAGCUUUAUGCAGUGCUGCCAACCAUCAUCAUGAAUGUUAUUGUCCUCCUGGUCUAACAGGAAACCCAUACGUUGAAUGUAGCAUAUUGGAGACUUGUGGCCCUCAUAACCCAUGUUCUGGCAACCUUGUAUGUUUGGAUGGAACUCGUUGUGGUUGUCCUUCACCUUACGAACAAAGAGGAUUUUUCUGCAUCAUUUCAGAAACUAGCCGUAACUGUAGCACAUCAAAUCCAUGCCCGACCAACGAGGAGUGCGUCUCUGCAGAAUAUCCAGCUGGUAUAUGUGUGUGUCCAAAAGGAUAUGUUUUGAUGUCAAAUGGAAUAUGCAGAGACAUAAAUGAAUGUGAACAGAGUCCUUUCCCUUGCGGUACCGGAGCUCAAUGCUUCAAUACUAUUGGCAGCUAUCAGUGCCGUUGUCCACCUGGCACUUAUGGAGAACCAUUCCGCUCUGGCUGUCAACGUAGAGAAGGAUAUUGUCAAUCUGAUUUAGAGUGUCCAACACAUUUGGCUUGUGAUGUUGCAGCUGAACAAUGUUAUGAUCCAUGCAUUGUAAGCAAUCCUUGUGGUCGGAACACCAAAUGCAGUGUCAUUGAUCAUAGUCCUCAGUGUGAAUGUAUACCUGGAUUCAGAGGAAAUCCUCUAGAAUACUGUUAUCCAAUUGGUCCUGGAUGUCAGAAUGAUUUAAGUUGUCCUGGAAACUUAUUCUGCUUGAAUGAUGGAACAUGUGGUUGCCCAGGCGAUUUCAAACGUUUAUCAGAUUUCUGCAUUAUGACAAGCAUUAACUGCACCACAACUAAUCCUUGUCCAGAUAAUCAGCGUUGUGUAUACACAGGACGUGAAAAUGGCUACUGUAUAUGUCCAAGAGGUUUUAAACUACUUACAAAUGGUGUUUGCAUUGAUAUUAACGAAUGCCAAGAACAUCCACAUCCAUUAUGUGGUGACUCUGCACAUUGUGUAAAUACGCCUGGUUCAUAUGAGUGCCAAUGCCCACCUGACUUCAGGGGUGAACCAUAUGGUGGAAAAUGCGAAAGGGAAGAACCGCCUGGUUGCAAGAGUGAUAGAGAUUGCCUGUACAACGAAGCCUGUGAAACAUUUUCUGGCCAAUGUUAUGAUGUAUGUACUCGUGGUCAACCCUGUGGAAUCAAUGCUAUUUGCAGAGGAGAAAACCACAAACCAACUUGCACUUGUCCUCCACGGUACAGAGGAAAUCCAAAAGUCAACUGCUUUUAUGUUCAAGAAUGCGGUGUAGACUACACCUGUCCUGGCAAUCUUAUUUGCUUAAAUAGCAAAGAAUGUGGCUGUCCGCCUAACUACGACAGAACAGGAGAUUAUUGCUUAAGAACCAGCAGAAACUGUACCACAACAAAUCCAUGCCCGACCAAUGAAGAGUGCUUGUAUACUGGCAUCCAGGAAGGUUUUUGCGUAUGCCCAAGAGGCUUUGAACUGAUGUCAAAUGGUUUCUGCAGAGAUAUUGAUGAGUGUAAGGAAAAUCCAUGUGCCAGAAAUGCUAUUUGCACAAAUUUCCUUGGUGGUUACAGAUGUGAUUGCAAACCUGACACAAUUGGAGAUCCAGUUAUCAGAGGCUGUGAUACAAUUACCAAUGACUGUAAAUCAAACAGAGACUGUCCGUCAGACAAAGAAUGUGAUUUGAAUACAGGCCAGUGUGUCAGUCCAUGUUAUAUCUGCGGAGAAAAAGCAGUGUGUACAGCAAGAGAUCACGAGGCCAUAUGCAGUUGUCCACCUUUGUACGUUGGUGAUCCUUAUGACCACAGUCGAGGUUGCUAUGAAAUAGGGGAGGAAGAAACAAGAACAGUGCCACCACUCACUGAACUGUCUGUUGUUUGUUUGGCUGAUGGAAUCCAAGUAUCUGUUGAUUUGGAGCCAUUUGAUGGAGUUCUGUAUGUGAAAGGUCACAGCCAGGAUCAUGAGUGCAGGAGAGUUGUGAGGAACAGAGAAAGAGACAUUGUAGAUUUUAAAGUUUUGUUUAAUACUUGUGGUCUAAUUCAUACAAAUGGUGAUGCAUCAUUUAUUUUAGUUAUUCAAAAACAUCCUAAGUUGAUGACUUACAGAGCUAAGGCAUAUCACAUCAAAUGUGUAUACAAUACAGGAGAAAAGACUAUUACUCUAGGUUUUAAUGUAAGCAUGAUAACAACAUCAGGAACAAUAGCAAAUACUGGACCUCCUCCGACCUGCAUCAUGACAAUUUCCAAUGCUAAUGGCCGUGAAGUAAACAGUGCUGAAAUCGGUGAUGAUUUGCUAUUGCGAGUCGAUGUACAACCUGACUUUAUCUAUGGUGGAUUUGCCAGAAGCUGUGUUGCAAAAACAAUUGAAGACAACGAAGAAAUUCAAUAUGAAGUGACUGAUUCAAAUGGUUGUGCCACGGAUCCAAGCAUCUUUGGAAAUUGGCAGUUGGAUCCCGAUAAAAAGGUUCUGGUUGCCCGGUUCAAUGCCUUCAAAUUCCCUACAAGCAACAACUUGAGAUUCCAGUGUAACAUCAGAGUUUGCUUUGGCUCAUGCCCACCUGUUAAUUGCGAUGGAGUAGAUGCGUUUGGAAGGAAGAAACGUCAAGCGCCAGACCGUAAUAGUUUAGCCGUAGAAGGCUUCCAAGAGGGAGCGCUAAGAGAAGAGAUUAUGGUACAAUCAAAUGCCAUUCUUACUUUCGAGAAGAAAGAAAACCAGGUGGCGCUGCCAACAGAAGGACCUUCAAUAGAAGAAAUAGAUAAUGUUUGCUUGCCAAAAUUAGGACUUAUAAUUUCAUUGAUUAUUACAACAUUGCUGGCAUUAGUUGCCGUAGCAGUUGCCAUUUCCUGUUGGUUGAUGGCCUAUAGGAGAAGGCCUAAAGCUGCUGGACCACUGCCUCAUCCACCAGAUUUUCCAAAUCCACUCUAUACAACACCAGAACCAGUUGCUGAGCCUUCACCAGACUACUAUCCUUCUUCGCAUAAUAGUCUUUAAAAAAAAAAAACUUAUUGACCGGUCCAAACAAUAUGGUGUUGAUUCAGGACAGACAAAGCAUCCGAUUCAAUCGAUGCUGAACAUUUUAAGCUGACCGGUAUUCUUGCCACAAUGGAAGCAGGCUUGGAUGGACUAAGCCUUUAAAUGAUGGCUUUAUUCUCGGCUACAAUGAUCAAAUUUCGACCCACUCUCAUAUUUAAGUUCCUUUGAAGAUUUAAGAGUGGAGAACUGUUGGGAGUUAAGAUUUAAGAGCGUUUACAGAAAUAGCUCGCUUUCCUGUAGGUUUUGUUGCUCUUCUACAAGUAAACGAUUCUCUCUCUUUUCACUUGACUAGCUGGUAUAGUGUUCAUGUGCCAAACUGUUCCCUCAACUCUUUUUGUCAGCGACAAAGAGUUGGGGAAAACGGCAAGGAGUUUGUGUUCUAUUUAAUUUUUAACGAACACUGAGUUCUUUUAUAACUUGAAACCUGCUUAUAAGGAAACUGAGCUAUUGCUGUCCAUGAUGGUCUCUGUAUAUUAUUUUUUGAGGAAGUGGGACGUUAACGUAGCCAGGUUAAGGGGCUUGGGUAAUCUCUGUUGUGAUUUAAUUUCAAAUGUGGUUUGGUAGUAUUCAAUUUUUAUUGAAGCACUUUAGAACUUGCACUUUUGCAUUCGCAAACUAGUCUAUAUGCUCAGUUUUGUUUAAUCAAAAUUUCAUUUAGAUUUUUUUUUUCUUUUUAAUAUUAAUUUCAAAAGUGCCAAUUUUAUAAUAAUUUGUUGAGUGUAUAGCAUGCUUUGCGAAUGUAAUAUUAUUUAUUUUGUUUUUAAUGUUAAUUUUUUAAACUUCGUUCAGGUUUCUAAAGUGUUUCAAAAAAAAAUAUAGCACGUGAUCAUAAUUUUGAAAGUUAUCUCUUAAAUGUAUGUAUCAGAAGCAAUUGUUUUAAAUUUUAAACGUAUAUUUAUUUAGUUUAUAUUCGCAAUGAUAUUUAACAAGUUUGCCAUAUACAUUUAAGAGUGAACAAUGAAAACUUGACUUUUAAAAUUAUAGCUUUGACAAAAAAUGACUUCUAAACCACAUUUGAACCUUAAUGAAAAUGUUUUUUUUCCCUAAUUUAUAAUUUAAUGCUUAUAACAUGCUUUUGCAUUUGUAUAUUUUUCAGUUAAAUGUUAUAACAUUGUUGAUGUCUCAUAGGCAGCUGAUUAUGUCAUAAUCAGUCUUAAUUUAAGACUUCUUUUUUUUGUAGCUCACACUGCCUCAGAAGGUUUUGUAUAACUUCCCUAAACUUUUUUGUAACUUUGUUUUCCAUUAAAGGCAGCUAAUCAGGGUUGUUUACAAAUUCCUUGUCAAACAAAAAAAAAAAAGACCUUAUCUCAAUUUAUCUAUUCUCUGAGUAGGCCUUUUUUUAUUUAAGAAUUAUUGAACAGAUAAAUUAGGAUGUGGUCUUUACGUGAGCUUUAAAACCAACUUCCGGUGCAUUUGAAAGUGAUAUUUGAUGUUCAUAAAAUUUGUAUAGUUUUGCUACUACCAUCAUUCAAAUAAAUGGUUUUUUUCUUA